AUGGACACGGGACACCGGUGGACUGGAAGGGAGCGGGACCCGGGUGCUGGCAGCGUGGCAGCUAGCUUACCACGUCGGCUUUGUAUAGACUACAGUGCAAGCCUCUGCAACCCGUUUGCCACUGGUGGGCGGUCUUACAUAGUUGCAGCGUUACCACAGCCACUUGGCCAAUGGUGUAACAUUUAUUCUCGUACACUCACAUCAACACACGUCAUGAAGCUCUCCAUAACAAACGCGUUCGGGAUCCCAAUGGUACUCUUGCUAUUCCAGCUCCUAGCGUCUCAGGUAGCUUGCCAUGGAUGUGACAAAGCUGGCCAAGACAGGAACGGCGUUCCCCGCCAAUAUCCCCUCUGUGCAGGCAACGUAAAGCGAACGAAUGAGCACUUCUCAGGGGGUGGCAGCCAAACAAACACCUUGGUAGAAUUCGUCGCGCCUCCUUGGAAUGUUGAUCAUUAUGACUGCUCCCAAACCGAUAAUUAUAAAACCGAAGCAUGCUGCAAAACCACAGGUCUCAAGUUCAUCUUGUCUCUUGAAUAUAUGGACAAGGAUUGCUCCCGCCCAGAUGGCCAUCCGCUAAACAUAAAGUAGUUCUUCCACCAACCACCAAGUCGAAAUAAGUAAAUUGAGAACCAAUCAGUUCAACAGAUUCUG